AUGGGUCUCUUCUCGCUCUCCCUCUUCCGCUCGACUCUUCCCAGCACCGCGCAAGACGAGGACGAGGUUCCACUGCUCAGGAUGGCCGACACGCAUACGUUCGUUCAAGAGGACACGCAGGAAGAGGACGGACGAGAUAGAAAGCGCGCGGGUAGGGAUGGGGAGAGGGACAGUCUGGACUCGACCAAGUCGUCGAAGGCGGGCGUGGUGGUGAAGGUGAACGAGCUGGCCAGUCUUGUGGCCGAGGGCGCGAUACCGGGCGGGAGGUCCUUCCACGAUCUGUCGCUGUACGAGAAGAAGAGCGUCCUUAUCAACCACGAGCUCGACCAGAUGGGGAUGGGCUGCUACCAAUGGCUCGUCUUCCUCCUCUGCGGCUUCGGCGACUUCCUCGACCUCUGCUGGGCUCAGGCCUUCUCCCUCGUCGCCUCCCCGCUCCAGCGCGAGCUCGGCGUCCCGAACGCGCGCAUCGGCGACCUCGCCGCCGCGUUCCACACCGGGCUUACCGUCGGCGCGUUCACGCGGGGCAUGCUCGUCGAUAUCGCGGGCAGGCGGUGGUGCUUCAACCUGAGCACCUUCCAGCCCCUCGGCGUCGUAGUGGCAACCGUCAUAUCCUUCGGCCUCAUCCCGCCCAACUCCUGCGCCGCGGGCCUCCCCGCAUGCAACACGGGCCUCACUCCCUGCUGCACGAUGGCGUCGAACCGCGGGUGGCGGUACACGAUGGUCACGCUCGGCGCGGUGACGAUGGCCGUGUUCGUCCUGCGCUUCGCGGUGUUCACGUUCCACGAGUCGCCCAAGUUCUUGCUGUCGAAGGGGAAGGACGAGCAGGCGAUCGAGGUUGUUUACGCCGUUGCGAAGGUUAAUGGGCGGCCGGUGCCGGGGCUUACGUAUGAGGAUUUUCGGACGUUGUAUGGGGAGGAGGCGCAGCGGUCUGGGGAGGUUGAGGAGGAGGGCGACGGGGCGCGUGGAAGGAGGGCGAGAGGUGUUGUGCUGGGACGGUUCGGGCGGACGUUUGCGCAUAUUAUGGGGCUGUUCAGGUCCAGGGCGUACAUCUACCUCUUCGUAGUCCUGUCCAUCGCCUUCAUGUCAGACUUCUGGUCCUUCUCGAUCGCCGGCUACUUCCUCCCCCUCAUCCUGCGCGCAAAAGGCGUCGACACAUCCCGCUCCAUCUCCGACACGUACCGCUCGUACGUAUGGAUAUACCCCCCUGGCGUGACCACGCCGCUCGUGUCGUGCUACUUCAUGGAGCUGCCGCGCCUGGGGAGGAAGUGGGCGAUGGUGCUGGGCGCGGCGCUCAUGGGGUUGAGUCUGGCGCUGUAUCAGGUCGUGGGGAGUGUGAGGGCGAGUGUGGGGUUUAAUGCGAUGGAGUAUUGGUUUCAGAGCUUCUACAACGCCCUGCUAUACACAUACACGCCCGAAGUCUUCCCGCGCCCUUCCGCGGAUCCGCAUCCGGCGCGCUCUCGACUCUGA